ACAUAAUACUAACAUUACAACGACGAUUUGCUCAUGUGUGUUGGAUGUCGACUCCAAGCAGAUGUUAUUCUCGUAUUUUCGGUAUUGGCCGACCUACGUUUCGUUUUAUGUUACCGAUCACCAGCUGAUUUGAGCGUGAUGGUUUUUGAUUGAGUCUAGUUCUAUCGUGCGUUUGUACUGUUCCACGUGCAUUGCGCUGUUGUGAGGUUCAAGUUUUGUGAUGAAAAAAACGUAAAAACAUUUGUAGAUGGAAUUACCAUGCUAGGAUCACAUAUGUGUAUUUGUUUUUUCAUACUUCACAUAUAACGGCAUCUGCCAUGUGGAUCGGAUUCACAUCAGAAGAACCUUCUGAAAUAAUAAUUUCUAUUAAACAGCAACCUUGUACUAAGGAAACUUAAGCUCAAACGGCGCAUCGGUAAGAGAUACGCUACAGAUUUCGGACUUUUUGGAUGAAAAGAGGCCUCUAACUUAGAAAAUAACUUACAAUCGAACCGCGUGCAUCGACCAGUUUGCAGCUGUAGAAAGUCACGUGCAACGUUAGGACAAAGAUGACUUCACGAGAUAAAGAUGUGGAAAGUGACUUACCUGGCUUCUAUUACGAUAGACAAAAACGGAAGUACUUUCGUAUCACUCCUGGACGUGCAUCUAAUCCACUACCGCCUGAAAAAAUUCAACGAAUUAAAGGCCAUGAGCAGGCUGAACAAAUCAAAGAGGAGAUACGAAAACGUAAUACGAUGUCUUUUUCGAUGCGCGCUCCCUUCCUGUCGAAUAGCAGCGGUCAAGUGGCAAAGAGCCGAAACGCGCGGAGUCGUUGGGAGAGGGGUAUUCGUCAGGGGAUAUUACGGCAUGUCACCACUGUGCGAGCUCACACUGUGCUACUUUUUGUUCAGUGUGCCCCGUCGUUGGACAACAUUGUUUAGUGCGUUCGCAAAUACUUCUUCGUUGCAAUCAUUAAAAGAAUCGUUUGAGCUGCGUCAGGUGACAGGUCCAUCGCGCCGAAGAGCUAAGUCGUUCCGGAGUAACGCUAUUAAAUCAGCCAUGAGUCAAAUGAAACGAAGUCUUACCUGUAAAGUGAAUGCCGAUUUCAAUGAUGUGGAUCUUCAAAAUCCGCUUCUUAGCAUUAUGUCUGAGGACAUCGUGUGUACAGCGUAUACGACAAAGGGCGGCUCUGGCAGUGUUGUGCUCAGUUCGAAGAUCUCAAAUGAGAAUGGCGGUCGCUUCAUUUCGCAUGGACUAAGCAAUUUGUUUCCGAUGAACAAGAUCGUCGAUCUAAAGCCAAUGAAGAUUCAGAACGCAUUUUUCGCAGCUGUUGCCUGUCAAACAUUUACCCGUUCAUUACAGUUUGUUAGUAUACGACCCAUGUUUAUGGACAGUCACCAUUUAGACGAUCUCUCGAAGACGUAUGAAUUCGCUCCUACAGAAACCUUAUUUUCGCUUGCCGUAACUCCGAUUCUCGUGGCAGUAGGCGCGGAACGAAAAAUUGCCACGUUUCAGCUCACGGAUAGCCAUGCAUCUGAAAUCAAAUUUCCUAUAGAAAACGUCUUCGUGCUGGAGAAUGACGGUGAGAUCCUGUUCGCUGGAACUAAUAAGGGGAAUAUUCACCAAAUCGACCCACGGACAGCAGUGAAGAUUGACGCAUCUUCUGCUAUCAAGGUCGGCAGUCCUCUAUCGAAUUUGAAAGUCUCUCCUAGCCAUGUGCUUGCUAGCGGUUACGAUCACAAGCUUGUUCUAUACGACCGACGUAACAGUGCAACUCCACUGGUAACUUUUGAGGAGCAUAAAAACAGCUGCAGACCUCACCUCAGUCUCGAGCUAAAUGAUCGACUAGGAAUCAUUGCGGCGGUGGGUAGCGACAGCGUGAUACGGAUGUGGAGCCUUGAUGAUUACAAGCUAUCGGCCUACAUAUCUGAGGAAGACUUUGUUGGCAAGGACUCGGCACCGUGCUUCGUUGUAGCUGAGAAUAUGAGUGCGCCAUUUUCUCUGUUGGUGUCCAGUGGUGAUACACUUUCUUUGUAUAAAUGAUCCUGGAGAUGAUAAGGCAGGCAUUUUCCUUGUCCGAUAUUGUGUACCUAAAAUUUACAGUUCUCGCUAAAUACAAAAUAUGCCUGCAUAGUCUAGGAAACAAGACGAUCAUUGACUGCCUUGGGGCAGGAUUGUGGUGAAAUGGCGUUAAAAUUACCUAUAUUAUCUAUACCAGCGAAUUUCGUAUUGUCUAUUUGGUUUAUGUAUUUACAAAAUUCGAAUAGCGUUUCAAAAGGGAAUUGCCUGUUGCUAGGAUGUUAAAGUUUCAAUUAAAAGCAAUGAAAGCAGAGAAAACGAGGUAGAUAUUUUUAAACGUCUUUAUGUAAAUAAGGUAUAGACCUUGGAAGUUGCCCCGAGCAAGUUGUACCCAUAUGUAAAUAUGGGGCACAUUGACCUGAAGUGCCUAAACUAUUGUAACAAAUAUUAUGCAAAAAAAUUGUAAGCCUAUUUAAAGCAACAGUGAAAGUACUAAGACAAAGUAAGUUUUUUUCUAAUAGAGAACUGUCUGUUUGUACCAGAAGAACGUUGCAUGGAUAUGUAAUUAUCAACAAGAAUAGACAUAUACAUAAUAUAUUUAUAGGAAAUGGAUGAUCAACAGAAGGGUUUUGUUUGGACAGGAGUUCGUCCUGAGAGCUGAACGGCAAAAAUAAAUUUCCUCUACUAACAGGAAGCUAUAAUUAGUAGGGGAAAAUGGAUUCAAUAAAUCUGACGCCGACCACGAUAAAGAUGCUCGUUUCGGCUGAUUACUAUCAAAUUGAAUGAAAUUUUGUGUAGUAUUUGAUACAUUUGUAUGUUUAUCUAUAUGCUUGCAAGGUCUUCCAACCAUCUGUCUGUCGCCUAAAAUGUUUCUUAAAAGUUAGCCGUACAUGUCACAGAAAACUAAUUGUAUAACGCUAACUCAACUAAACGAUUUUUCUCUGUUGACCUUCUAUCGUUUUUUUUUGUCAUCGAUAUAAGCAUUUGCAAAGCGGGAAAAAAUCCAUAUGAACUAAACGCCGUGAUAAGUUUCACUUAUCUUUAGGCACCGACAGAUAUUGGCGUCACCUUUCUGCAUUUUAGAGCCGUUUAAGAAAUGAUAAUCCUUUACGAAGUAAAUUCAAUUUCGUUUCAUUAUGUAAAAUCUUUAUUAGUCUUCAUAGUAUAAUAUAAGGCUUCGAACAUGUGCCUACCAAGAAUUUGAGGGUAACCUAUACACACGCCCUUCACCUGCAUAUGCACAUUCAUGAAACAUUUAGAAGCGACGUUCACUUAGUUUGACAACAUGAUUGUAUGUACUAAUUGAAUAUUAACGAGAUAAUAGUAAUAAUAAUAAUAAUAACCACAAAAAUCGGACCACAAUAUUUGAUAAUGAUAGUAGUAAUUGAUCAAGAUUAUUUUAAGAUUGUUGAUUAGGAGUAAAUACCUUGAUUGGUGUGAAGUUCACUCUUCCCUCUGAUCGUAAGAUGAUUGUCAAGCUGUAUACGUAAUGGCCAUCAAACGGCCUAUGUAUUUGGUCGUUUUGCGGCAUUGCUAUCAAUAAAAUAUAAUCUAUGUUGUUAUCGUAUU